UUCAACACAACUACAGAAAGUACUACGCACUGAAAUGGAUGGAAAAGCAAGUGACCCCUUCAGCAGUGAGGCAGAACCGCUUCCUGAUGCUGGAGUAAUGGGGAGGCUGUGGCUGCCCAAAGGUCUGUCUGGGAAUGUGGUUAAGGAUUGGGUUGACCGCAGGAGGAAGUCCAUCCGUCCGUGGGCCAGUUUUGUGGACCAGCGCAAGUUCUCCAAGCCUCGCAAUUUUGGAGAGCUGUGCCAGCGUGUGAUGAGGAACCUGAACACCUUUCACAGCAACUACACCUUCAUCUUCCUGGGACUCAUCCUCUACUGCAUUAUCAGUUCCCCAAUGCUCUUAAUUGCUUUGGCAGUGUUCGCUGGUGCCUUCUAUAUAAUUCACUUGAAAACGCUGGAAAAGAAGCUGGUGGUUUUCGGUCGUGAGUUGACUCAGGGACACCAGUUAGGUUUAGCAGGAGGGGUUUCCUUCCCUGUGUUCUGGAUCGCAGGUGCAGGAACUGCUGUGUUCUGGAUACUAGGUGCUACACUAGCUGUUAUCGGGUCUCAUGCUGCAUUUCGUGAGCUGGAGUCAUCUGAUAUUGAUGAGCUGCUCAUGGAACCUGUUUAAGCCUCUCACCUUUGAGCUUUUGGCUCAUGUCAACCUACAAUGUCUUGCCUUAUCUUUUAUAUUGCCACAUAUUGGUUGCACUAAAAUUAAAAAUAUCAGUUUACUCGCAGAUUGGCCAGAAAUGCAGACUGAAACUGACAUUGCCCUAUACAGAUCAAGCUUGUAGAAAGACCUCAGUUGCCUUUACUGGUACCUAUUGGAUAUCAUAUUCAUCUGUUAUGUAUUUAUUUCUAAAGCAUCCUUAAAGCACAAACUAAAUAGACUGUGACCCAAAUGCAAAAAAUCCAGUUCAUUCAAUUUCUACUGUCUUUAAAGGCAUAGGUGACCCAAAACUGUUGUUCUGUGGAAUACAAAAAAUAUAUUUUGAAAAACAUUUUUGUUUCACAGGAGAUGGUUUAUACAGGUUUGAAAUGACAUGAGGGUGAGUAAAUCCCAGGAUGAACUAUCCUUUCAAAGGUUUUCAGAUCCUCUCGCACUAAAGGACAAAUACAAGUAAUAGUUAUUUAUCAAAAUGUUAAGCUAGAUCAUCCAAAAUUAAAAAAAUUCAGACAACAAGAAUGUACUGUCCUGACAGUCUGUGUGUUUUAUAGAGUACCGAUCAUUACAUAAUCAUUUGUCUUAAGCUAUAUUUAUCUCCUAUGUUGUUAGAUAUGUCUUGUUAGGACAUCUAGUGAUGUAUGAUUUCAUAACAACAUGCGUCAUCAAAGAAAAUAAAUAUAUUCUUGCUUUUCAGUGUAACCAGUUUCUGAUGCCAAUAUUCCCAGUGGAAGUUUUUUAGUUUAUCUAUGUACUCAAAUUAUGGAAAUGUUUGUAUAUCGUCUUUUAUUUUACAACUUGCUUCUGUUUUAUCAGUGAAUGGGAAGUGCAAUAAAAUGCUCUGUGCAGUAUUUGAAGUCUAAUGUUUAUUUAAUGACUGCUCAUAGAACAUUAACUAGA